CUGAGCACCCAGCAGCGAGAGGAGCUAGGGGAGGGAGAGGCAGCGCAAAGCCUCCAGGAGUUGGAUUCAGACCAGGAGCUUGAACCAGGCUUGGAGUCCAAGUUGCUUUUGCUAAAGCAGCUGCAACUAAAGAAGUUGAAAAAAUGCUGGCUGUCUUGGGACUGCUCACCACCUUCCUUUCUUUCCUGUACUUCACAGCUCCAUCCAUCAGGAAGUUCUUUGCCGGUGGGGUUUGUAGAUCAAAUGUGCAGCUUCCGGGGAAGGUAGUGGUGAUCACUGGCGCCAACACGGGCAUCGGCAAGGAGACAGCCAGAGAGCUGGCUCGCAGAGGAGCCCGAGUAUACAUUGCCUGCAGAGAUGUACUGAAGGGGGAGUCUGCAGCCAGUGAAAUCCGAGCUGAUACAAAGAACUCCCAGGUGCUGGUGCGGAAACUGGACCUAUCUGAUACCAAAUCCAUCCGAGCCUUUGCUGAGGGCUUUCUGGCAGAGGAAAAGCAUCUCCAUAUUCUGAUCAACAAUGCAGGGGUGAUGAUGUGUCCAUAUUCUAAGACAGCUGAUGGCUUUGAAAGCCACUUGGGAGUCAACCACCUAGGCCACUUUCUUCUCACCCACUUGCUCCUGGAGCGGCUGAAGGAGUCCACCCCUGCACGGGUGGUAAACCUGUCAUCGGUGGUUCACCAUGCUGGCAAGAUUCACUUCCAUGACCUCCAGAGUGAGAAGUACUACAGCCGAAGUUUGGCUUAUUGCCACAGCAAGCUGGCCAAUGUGCUUUUUACUCGUGAGCUGGCUAAGAGGCUCCAAGGCACGGGCGUCACCACCUAUGCUGUGCACCCAGGCAUCGUCAGCUCUGAGCUCGUCCGACACUCCUUCCUGCUGUGCCUACUCUGGAGGAUCUUCUCCCCCUUCAUCAAGUCGGCUUGGGAGGGCGCGCAGACCAGCCUGCACUGUGCUCUGGCUGAGGGCCUUGAGCCGCUGAGUGGCAAGUACUUCAGUGACUGCAAGAAGGCCUGGGUGUCUCCAAAAUCUCGAGAUAACAAAACGGCAGAGCGCUUGUGGAAUGUCAGCUGUGAGCUUCUAGGAAUCCAGUGGCAGUAGAGCUGGUGGAAGAGCCACAGCCUUAUUGGGCUUAGGGCAUGCCUUACUGAAAGGAGACCAAGGAGAAGGCCACCUCAGAAGGACCAUCCUCCUGGCUUGCUGCUGUUGAGAAUCCUGCCCUGCUCUGAUUCUCCUGACUCUUCUGGAAAACUUUGCAUACCCAACUCUCUUGUGAGGCUGGUUCAUGGCACAAGAUGUUCAUACCUAUGGAGCAUUCUUCUCCAAGACUUGCAGAGUCAGCUGCCCUCCCUGGGCAGGAGGGCUGGGCAGAUUGCCAGGCUGGGCACAGGGAUGGCUGAAAAGCCUAAGAAAUUAGGUCAGUUUCCUCACCAAUACCAGAAACGCCAGCCAGCAUGCCCAGCUAAAUGACAGGAGUGUCAGCGGGCCAUACUAUAUCUCCAGGGACUAUAGACCCAAACUCUGGCCUGAUCUCUUUCCUCUUUGAGAUAACUAGUCACAACUCUGGAGGCUAGACCAACUCUGGCAAAUCUUGGCUUAUCCUUGACCAACUUUGGUUUCUUUCUCUGAGCAUCCUGGAGCCACUGUAUGAAGCAGGACCUUCCCAUUUCCACUUUCUGGUUCUUUUUAAGAAGUUGAAAAAAUUUUUUUCUGGCUUUAUUGAGAUAUAACUAACAUAAUAUUGAUUAAAUUUGGGGCUUCUCAUUUUCAAUCACAUAGAUGGUUUCUUUCUACAAAGUUCUCUUUACCUAAAAUUUUAGAGAAAAUAAAGACUGUGCAUUCAUCUUAUUGCCUUAUUUAUUUUGUCAGGGUAGCCAGGGAGAAAUGGAACAAAGUGGGGAAGCCAGCCUUCUAGUUUAGUGAGCAGUAUCUCACCCUACCCACCCACCUAUAACCUUCUUACAAUAUUGCAUGUAGGUGAAAAGUAAGAUGGUUAAGUUGGGUAUUUUCUCUAGUUUCUUCCAGCUCUCCCAUUUUAUCAUCAAAGAUGUAACGGGGGGGACUUAAACAGAUGCUGAUCUCCACUAUAGAUUAAGGCCAGAGGUAAUAUAGGACUUCAUUUGAUACAUAGAUGCAGAAAAACCAGCCCUGAUAAACCCUCAACCUAAAAUUGCGGCUCUUCUCUCUCCUGGCCUCCCUUCCUCUCCUAUGCUUGCCUCUGCCACCUGCUUCUUGCCUCAAGGGCUCAAGUUCACGAAGAAGAGGCAGGUGCACAUGUGCCUGAUCUUUCCCCUGACUGACAAAAAAGUCGUGUUUUUGGUUCUAGUUCUAAACCAUUCCAAGGGCCUCUGGGAACAAAAAUGCCCUUUCCUUCCAUAGCAAGGAGACUUUUCAAUAAAACCUUUUUAUUACAUAGAUUUUCAAAUAGAUCAAGGCAUAACAAGUAGUAUCAUGAAUCCCCAUGUACCUACCCAUCAUCCAGCUUCAACAUGGUUAAUGUUUUGUCAAUCUUGUUUUGUCUAUUUCCCCAUGACGUUUUUUUCUGGGGGUGAGGUGGGAUAUUCUCAAGCACAUUCCAGACAUUGUACAUUCACCCAUAAAUACUUUAAUGUGAGUAUCUAAA